GCGCCAGGCCCCUCCUUCUAAUAAAAGCCGCUCACUAAGCUCCGUUACACAGACAGUCACAGAAAAGCCGACGAGAGCAGGAGCCGCCGAGAGCUCCUUUCAGGCCCUCUUUUCCCGAAGCGGUUCGAAAAGUUCACUAAGUGACGGAUUAAUAAACGAUACGCUCGAAGACCACAACAUGAAGUCCACGUACAUCGUCCUGGUAGCAGCGUUCUGCGCGGCUUUGGUGAACGCUGGCCCGCUUCCCGGGGGACAACGUCUUCAGUCCGAGGCACUCGAUCGGCUGAUGGUCGUCGAAGCCGACAACGAGGCCGCCCUAAGGAGCAAACGGACGAUCGGUAUCCUGCGGGAAUUGUUUCCCGAUGUUUCUCAGGACGUGAAUCCGGAGGCGGAGGAUAGGGUGAACGAGGUGGCGGCGGAGUCGCAGAACAACGAGGUCAAAGUGCAAUUCGCCGACGAGCAGGCCGAGGAGACGGCGCCGUUGACGCCGUUGGACGAGGUGGAGGCCGAGGACGACGAGAACAGGAACAAGAGGUACCUGAACUUCGGUUUCGGCGGGUCAGGCAAUUCCGGGAGCGGCGCUGGUUCCGGCAACUUCCUCUUCGACAUAAUUAGGCAAGCGGCCGACGGGGCGGCAAGAGCGGCGGGCACGGUGUACCGCGUGGUGGCAGGUACGCAGAGCCUAGGGCUCGGCUUAAGCGCCUCUCGGGACUUGGGCCCGGCUCCCCAAGAUGCCGCCCCUGCUGCCGCUCCAGCUGGUUCCUCGUCCACGGCGGCACCCUCGACCAACGCACCGGCCGCGUCAGGAGCCGGCAACCUACCACCGCUGGUAGCCGGAAGCGGAAGCCAGGCGAGCGGCGGAGCGGCUGUCGCCGGAAAAGCGGAGGAGGCGCCGGAAGCGGUACCAGGACCGGUCACCAGGCUGUUCGUCAUCGCGAACAGAGGAAUCUCGAAUCUCAUACAGGACCUCAUCCUGCGCCUGGCGGCGACGAGCGAGCGUAUCGUCAACUUCAAGGCGAGACUCAUCACUUCGAUCAUCUAGAACUCGGUGCGAAAGGAAUAGAGUGAGGAAGUGCAAGAAAAAGUUCCGAUGAUCCCCGACGUGGGAGCCAUUGCCGAGCCGUGAUCGUCGCAGGAGCACGGGUACGACGUCGGCAACGUGCCGGUGCCCAUCCGGUACGUUGCUCCCUUGUCCCCGAGGUCCGGUAGUGUCUUGUCGAUGGUCGACUCGUCCUCGUGAAGCGGAACCUCGCGACGUCAUGUUCGAUAUCACGCAAGACCGCGACCCUGCCCCCUCGUUCACCUUUGCCCCCAAUCAGCUUCGUUGUUCUUCUUCGUCACUAAUGUCUCUCUACCGUCCGUUUCCCAGUGUCUAUUCGUCCUCCAACGUGAAACUUCCUCCCGAUUCCUUUCUCUUCGUCUCUCUCUCUCUCUCUCUCUUUCUCCAUCCCUCUCUUAUUCUUCCCUCCUCGCUGCGUGUUUUCUAGUUCUUCUUCAAACUAAGAAUUAUAUAUACUAGCGUUUAAAUAAGUUCUUUAGAGAUUCGACGACCGCCGCAAGGAUCUGCGGCUGCGCGACGCGGAACAGAACCACGACCCACAUGCUCGCCGAGCAGAUAAGUUCCAGCGGUUUUUGCUCGACGGUAUUUCGCGGGCAUCUGGUAUUCAAAUGUCUCGGGUUUUCUUGCCGCUUCGCGUUGGGAACGUGAAAUCCGUUUGGCGGAAUUCAUCGUUGGAAUGACUGUUAUUUAUGUGGAAACGAUGGAGGUUGUUUCUGGAAGAUCGAAAUUGAGGACGAUGUUGGCGGAAUUUGGCGGGGAAACCUUUAUUCGAGUGGACAUUUUUGAAGCUUUGGAAUUGUGGAUGAUGGGGAAUGAGUGUUAGAUAGUUCUACUCGUUGAAUAUGUUUGAAAAUAGAAUUUGGAAGACAUCGUUGAAAAUUAUCGCGGAUAUUUGGAGGACUGAAGGGGUUGAUGAUGGAACGAUACGAAAACCGCAGGAACUUAUCUGAUUAUUCGAUAGUAGAUUCACAAGCGACUGGUUCUUAUGUACGUCGCAUUGUGUUGAGACACUCUGCACCGUGUUAAUGCGAGCGAUUAGGAUAAAAUCGCGUGAGUCUUCCGUGUAGCGUACGAUUUGCAUGUUUCUUGUCGGUGCUCUCUCGUCGGAUCGCGUCAAGCCAAGAAGAAACUCGCGUGGACUUGUACAUAGCUCUUCCCAGAAUGCAACAGUGCCAAGCAUUGAUUGUUUCUCCCCCUCCUUGUAUUUAGCAGCCCUUGCCUCCUUGUCUGUUGCUUCUCUAAGGGUUGCUAAGCGCGUCGACUGCGGUGAACGCGAAAAUUUCUCGACGACUUGAAAAUUACUUCGCUGGAAUUCUUAACGCUCCAUACAACACUCUUCUAAAGAAUUAAUAAUUAACAAUUAAAUUACUAGUAAAUUCAUCGAAGAUUACCAUUCAAAAGAAAAAGUUAUUAAUCUCUCUCGCGUUGCUCGAUCACUAAGAAAAUUAUCAAUAGAUACUCUACAAGCGAGUUGUUAAGAAUUUCCGUAAAAGUUCCACUGAAAAUCGAAGCAUUUUGUCGUAUCCUUCAACGUUCACCGCAUUCGGCUCGAACCGGAAACGCCGCCAUUCUCUUUCCGCGCUUUCCGCGUCCAGGAAAGCGUGACAAGAGAACGACGCUCGUUCGUUAUCCGUCUAGGUGUGUUGAUUCUCGAAUUGAACGCAUUAUCUAUCGAAUGUAAAUCGUCCCUGUUAUUUUGUAGUGUAAAUAAAUAAAUAUUAUUGUC